CCGUUUGCACCAAAGAAGAAGAGAAGAGAUUUUCGCGGCAAUCUGAAUGGGUUAGAAGUGUCAAGGAGCCGUCAGUCUUUGUAUUUUUUUCUAGACGAUUAAAAAAAAACAGGUCUAAAUACAUUCAUUACCGUAGACUGGUGCCUAUGUCAGCACUUUAAUCGUAAUAAAAAAAAAAGGUGUAGCUAUCAGUUUAACAGAUGUGCUCUUAGCUGCUUGACGAAGCUAACAUUAGCUUAACUUACCUUCACUGGCAAAAUAUUAUAUUAAUAUUAUACGGUCACAGAGUAUUUUGUAUGAACAUUUGUCGCUUGGAACUAAUUGAGAGUUAAUGCAAAUACCAUGGCGAUGCCAAACACGGAUCAGAUCAAAGAGGAGUUGGAGCUGUUCGAUAUAGGCUAUGGGGAUGAUUCUUCGGUCCUGGAUAAAAUGGUGGAGCAGUGUUUGUGCCACAGGAUGAAAGGGGAAGAGAUAGUGCUGGAGUGGGUCGCCUUCAGCACUACCAAGGGAGGUCUAAAGCUGAACAUGGACCACCUGGAGCAGUUUGAGCAUGAGGCUUUGAAUAAGAGGAACAAAUCCAAACAGGCGACCAGGAGAGAGGACUCGUACAACAGGACCCAGAACAUCAACUCCCUUCAGGACCUAAUCAAAGCUGAGGAGGAGGAGGAAAAUCUCCUGGACUCGUACUCUACUCCGGCCAAGGGUUCCCAGAAGCGAGCUCUCACUACACCAGAGAAUCCCCAGUCUAAGAGGUCUGCUCGCAUGACCAGCCCUGGGCUCAUGCUCUCUCCUGCCAGCUUCUCCCCAUGCGCCACCCCGUCCCAGAAGUACAGCGUGCGCGGCUCUCGUGGCGAGGUGGUCUCCACUUUCGGGGAGUCGCAGGACCAGCGCUGGAACGGCCAGAAGGGUCAAAGGGAGGUGAGCGUCCGGACGCUCCUGAGCGGAGAGGACGCGCUGACCUCCAGUUACAAGCACAUGUUCCAGCGGCUCAGAGACGUCCGUGAUGUGCUGACUGAGAAGAUUGAGGUCUUGGGCGAGGAACUAAAGGUCCACUUCAACAUUGAGGAGUUCUCCCCUGUGUCCUUGCCCGCACAGGACCAGGUGACCGUGUUGGGCCAGGUGUGUUGCGACAGCAAUGGGAAGCUGAACGCCCAGUCUGUGCUCCUGGAGGCGGGGCAAGAGCAUGGUGGGAGGCAGGUGCGGCUGGACCUGUCUGAUCUCAGGGAGUACUCCCUCUUCCCUGGACAGGUUGUUGUCAUGGAGGGUAUGAACACUGAUGGGGUCAAGUUUAUGCCAUCAAAGUUGUAUGAGGGUGUUCCACUGCCAUUCUAUUCCACAGAAGUGAAAGAAGAACCUGAGGAGGAGUCUGAGCCGGUGAUGGUUUUGACUGCCUGCGGUCCCUACACUCCUUCUGAUAGCUUGGCCUAUGACCCUCUGCUAGACCUGCUCAACGUGAUCUCCAGAGACCGCCCUCACGUCUGCAUCCUGUUUGGGCCAUUUGUUGAUUCAAAACAUGAACAGAUUGAGAAAUGUCAGGUGACCGAAACCUUUGAGAGUAUCUUUACAAGAUGUGUGAACAGUCUUGUGGAGGGAACCAGAGGAAUUGGAUGCAAGUUGGUGUUCGUUCCGUCACAACGAGAUGUUCACCACCACUUCAUUUACCCACAACCCCCUUUCACAUUACCUGACCUCAGUAAGGAGGAUGUAGAGAGAGUGAGCCUGGUGCCUGACCCAUGCACUCUGGUCAUUGAGGGCGUGACCUUUGGCCUGACCUCUACAGAUAUUCUGUUUCACAUGGGAGCUGAGGAGAUCAGCAGUGCUGCUGGCUCUGACCGUUUCUCCCGAAUCAUGAAGCACAUGUUGACCCAAAGGAGCUACUACCCCCUGUACCCUCCAACGGAGGAGAUCAACAUGGACUACGAGAAGUUUCAGCAGCACGGCCACAUGCCCGUCACCCCUGACGUCCUGCUCGUCCCCUCGGAGCUCCGCUAUUUCAUCAGGGAUGUGAUUGGUUGUCUGUGCAUCAAUCCUGGGCGACUCACCAAAGGACAAGUUGGAGGCACGUUUGGCAGGCUGCUCGUCCAGAGAAGAUUCCCAGACGCUGAGGGAAAGAGAAGAAGCCCCUGCUUAUCUGGACAAGUAGUGAAGAUAUGAAAAAGGAAGGAUUCAAGAAAGACUGUACAUUUGUUUGUCAUGUAAUUGAAAUGUAACCUAAGUAUUUGUUUUUUUUUUUCCUAAAUGCUUUAGAGACUGGGAAAAAAAUACAGUAAUUUUCAUAGUUUUUCUUGUAGGGUUUGUGAUUUGUGUAAUCUGAUAGCAUCACUCCAGUUCUCUUUAUUGUAUCUGUCUGUAAAUUAUGGUCUCAUUUCCGUGUGGUUAUACUCUUCUUUAUUACAUGAUUGUCAGU